AUGCGCUCCUCUAAUACUGCUUCCAAGAGACGAAAAAGACUCGAUCUUGGGAAAAGUGCGGAUCUUGGUAGAAAUCCUCAUACCAUUGCCGCAGAUGCAGCUAAUGUUGCAGCAAGUGGAGUCCCUCCUGGAAAUGGUGAGGGAAGUCAGUCUCGUCGUGGAAGAGUUAUAUCAGUCAGUUGGGGUGAAUAUACGAGACAGAUAGGUAUUGAUGGCACUUCGGCAGCCAUCAAGGAGGCAAUUAGGGUCGCUUUUAGGUUGAGAACUAAACGUUUGUUUUGGUUGGAGGAUGAAGAACAUACUAUCAGAACUAUUGACCGUGGCAUGCCUAUAGGAAAUUACACUCUUCACAUUGAUGAAGGAUUGGCCAUUCAAAUAUGCCAAUUUGACGAGUUUGAGGAUCUCCCCAUAAUCACUGAAGAUAAGAUAUUUUAUACACAAGAUGAUUUCCAUGAUUUUCUGGUAGGCCGGUCUUGGAUAUGUCUACAAGAAUAUGACAGUAAUAGAAAUAUUGACAAUAUGGAUGAUCUUCGACCUGGUGUCUUAUACCGAGGUGUGCGUCGAGGAUAGGUGGAUUGUAUGAUCAAUCUUCAGUUAUUUGCAUUAAAUGUCUAGGGAAAUGGAGGGAAUU